ACAAAAGAAAGGCAUGGAUAUUAACCACCCCAACCAACAUAACCUCCAUACUUUUUGAAGCAAUCUCAUUGGCCGAACCCCACCGACCAAGCAGUAGUCAAUCAGACAUUACACACAUGAAUGCGUGUAAUAAAAUAAUAAAAUAAUAAAAUAAUAUUCUACGCAUCUGUUCUAUUUAAUACUUCACUCACACGCAUUAUUAUCAUAAUCCCAAACACCCCAAAUCCAGGCCAUAAAAACAAGAAUAACAAAGCAAACUGUUCAAUAGGGGUUUCCAAAUUUUCACAUCAAGAAACGCAUAUAUUUCUUGAGUAGUAAAAUCGAAACCCCACCAAACAAAUUUCCCCCCUCCCCUUUUCCUUUGACCCAUAUAAAAAUUAAAAAAGCAAUCUUGAAAUUAAAAAACCAAUCUUGAAAUUCAAAAAAAAAAGAUUUUUUUUUUUUAAUUAUAUUUCAAUUGGUUCCAAUCCAUGAUGAGUCGUCUCCUGGAAAAAAUCCUCGUCCUGUUGUCCGUUUUGCCCUUUGCCUGUUUCUCUCAAGAAGACGGUCUAUUCCCAAUUACAAGGCCUGUGAUUGGUCAAUUCUCCGAAAUUGACGGAGCCCAAUUGAAAGAAUGGCCUCAAAGAGAAGAUGAAUUACAGUGCACGAGUUGGAGAGUUGCAGGGGAGGCCAAUAAUUUAAACCCAUGGAGAACAAUUCCAGAGGAAUGCAUUGAUUAUGUCAAGGAAUAUAUAAAGGGGAAGGGCUAUGAAUUUGAUCUUGUUAGGGUUUCCAAAAUUGCUGGAGCUUUUGCAACAACUGUCAAUUUGAGCAAUGAUGGAAGAGAUGCUUGGAUUUUCGAUAUCGACGAGACCCUCCUUUCGAAUCUUCCGUAUUAUGCUGCUCAUGGUUAUGGCUUGGAGAUAUUCGAUAGCGCGAAAUUCGAUAAGUGGGUAGAGACCGGGAAUGCGCCGGCUAUAGAGUCGAGUUUGAAUCUCUAUAGAGAGGUUUUGAGGUUAGGUUUCAAGGCGAUCUUGUUGACCGGUAGAAGUGAGAGGCAUCGAAGUAUUACGGUCGAGAAUUUGUCCAAAGCUGGAUUUUGCGAUUGGGAAAAGCUCAUAUUACGGUCAACGGAAGAUCACGGAAAGACUGCAAAAGAGUAUAAAUCCGAAAAGAGGAACGAGCUCGUCGAAGAGGGUUAUCGAAUAUUGGGAAACUCUGGAGAUCAAUGGAGUGAUUUAUUGGGGUCGUCGGUUUCGGAACGUUCUUUUAAGCUUUCGAAUCCGAUGUAUUACAUACCUUGAUUGGGAUUAGGGUUUGAUUUCAAUGUUAAAUAAAGUUUAACUGUACAUUUGAUUCGUGUUUGAUUUAUACAGUGACUAAUUCAUUCUCUCUUUUA